AUGCAGGAAGAGAUGGAAAUGAAGAGUGGGAGUGCUGUGCGAUCAGGGCCAGUAAGAAGUGGAAAUGGUGGCUAUGAGAGCGUUACAGUGCGAGAGAAACAACAAUUGGAGAGAUAUCUCAACUUCUUCUCAUCGGUCGCGUUCUCCGCUUGCCUGCUUGCCACUUGGGAAUCGGCCGGUGGUAGUUUGCAAGCCGGACUGUACAAUGGCGGUCCUGCAGCGAUCGUUUAUGGAAUUAUCUUGAGCACCUUGGGCAAUCUGGCCAUUGCAUGCUCUUUAGCUGAGCUUGCCUCCUUACACCCAACUGCAGGUGCUCAAUAUCACUGGAGCUAUUUCCUCGCCCCUCGUGGUCGUCGAUUCAUCAGUUUCUUCCAGGGCUGGGUCACCGUCUUCUCCUGGGCUGCUCUCGUCUGCAUCGCCCCAUACUUCAUCGGAACCCAAAUUCAGGGCCUGGUUGUUCUGGCGUACCCCGAAUAUGAGCUUGUGAGAUGGCGCAGUACGCUGCUCAUGUGGGCAGUUGCAAUCAUCCCGGUUGGUAUCAAUAUAUUUGCGCGUCGCAUUCUGGGAGCAAUCGAGGUUGCUGCGGGCAUCAUGCAUGUCGUCUUCCUACCAGUUACCAUCGCAGUCUUGGUUAUCCUCGCCCCUCGAAACCCCAACGAAUAUGUCUGGGAAACCUUUGUCGGCGGCUUGAGUGGCUGGGAGAAUUUUGGAGCUGUGUUCUCUGUCGGUCUUCUCGGUGUUAUUACACCCUUGGCUGGUGUUGACGGCGUAAUCCACAUGGCCGAAGAAGUCAAGAAUGCCAAAGUAGUCGUCCCCCGAUCCAUGAUCUACGGCACCCUGAUCAACGGCGUCAUGGCAUUCGGCUACCUGAUCGCCGUCCUCUACUGCAUGGGUGACUACGUGGAAGCACUUACCAGUGCAACCGGCUACCCCAUCAUCACAAUCGUCUACCAAGCAACCGGGUCCAAGCCAGCCACCUACGUCCUCAUGGCAUUGGGUAUGCUCCCAGGCUGGAUUGCCCUUUUCAACGGCCUCGCCUCCGUCACACGUCUCACCUGGGCGUUCGCUCGAGACAACGGACUCCCCUUCUCCGACUUCUUUGCCCGUGUCGACCCAACCUAUAAGAUCCCCCUCCGUGCCUUAUUCCUAGUUGCAUCAUGCAUCUUCGCACUCUCAUUCAUUGUGAUCGGAUCUACCGCUGCUUUCAACGCCAUUCUCUCCCUCAGCACCCUCGGUCUCUAUAUUUCCUAUCUUAUCCCUCUCGUCCUCCUGGUCGUGAAGCGGCUCACCGCCCCCCAGGAUAUUCCUCAGGGAACCUUUAGUUUGGGCAAGCUCGGCCUGCCCAUGAACCUUGUUGCCAUUCUCUUUGCGACUUAUUUCGCCAUUUUCCUUCCUUUCCCGUCGACAUUGCCCGUUACCGCGGAGAAUAUGAACUACGCUGGACCCGUGCUUGGAUUUGUUAUGUUGUUUGCUUGUGGAGAUUGGAUUGUUCGUGGACGGCAUAAGUGGGAAGGCCCAACUAUGAGGCCUUAUGAUCGCACCGAGUAA